GCUCUCUCAAAAACUCCCCCAUCCUCUCCCUCUGAAACACCAAUACACCAAGAUGCGGUACUACGAGCAACGCUAUCCAGAAGUAGAUGAGCUGGUGAUGGUGCAGGUGCGCCAAAUCGCGGAGAUGGGAGCCUACGUGAAACUUCUUGAAUAUGACAACAUCGAGGGAAUGAUUCUGCUUUCUGAGCUCUCGCGGAGACGUAUCCGAUCGAUCCAGAAGCUCAUCCGUGUCGGCCGGAACGAAGUCGUCGUCGUUCUCCGUGUGGACAAGGAGAAGGGCUACAUCGACCUCUCAAAACGCCGUGUCUCCCCCGAGGAUAUCACGAAGUGCGAGGAGCGCUACAUGAAGUCGAAAACGGUCGCGUCCAUCAUGCGGCACGUCGCCUCCAAAGUGCCCUCCGUCGACGGCGAGGUCCUGGAAGGCGAGCAGGCGAAGAAGGCCGAGGCGGACGCCGCGGAGACGAAGCGCGCUCGCCGUGCGGCGAAAAAGGAGGGGAACGAGGAGGACAUCGUCCCCGAAGAGGUGCCCGGGGGCAGUGCCAACGAGGAGGCGCGUCUGGAGCAGUUGUACGACCAGAUUGCGUGGCCACUGGGCAGGAAGUACGGGCAUCCAUACGAUGCAUUCAAGCUUGCUUUGACGGAGCCCGACGUUGUGUUCCAGUCCUUGCCGAGCCCUGUGCAGCCCGCAGUGCUGAACGUCCUUCUCAGCACCAUCGCACGACGACUGACGCCCCAGCCGAUCAAGCUCCGUGCCGACAUUGAGCUGACAUGCUAUACCCCCGCUGGCAUCGACGCUAUCAAGAAAGCUCUCCGUGCAGGGGAAGCGCAGAGCAACGAGGCCGUCCCAAUCAAGGCGAAGCUCGUCGCACCUCCUCUAUACGUUCUGAGCACGAACGCUACCGACAAGUACGCCGCCGUCGAUCGGCUGGAGCGCGCAAUUGAGUCUAUUCAGUCAACGAUUGAGGACCAGGGGGGGUCGCUAGUUGUGAAGAUGAAGCCCAAAGCCGUUUCCGAGACGGAAGAGCAGGACCUCGCGCAGCUCAUGGCGAAGGCUGGCCAAGAGAACGCCGAGGUUUCUGGCGACGAGGAUGAUGAGGAGGUGUUGUAGAGGACCGAGGUUGUACUGAGUCUGAAUGUACAGUACUAGCUCACUAUCGUCACACUGUAGCCAUCGAAUUCCUGUCUGUAUCCUUGUUCACGUCAUUGCUCGCACAGUACGAGCAGUCCCG